GUUUCCUCCCCCAUCCCCUUGACUCUCCCUUCCCUGCCCUCACACUCUCCCUCGCCCUCAGCGCGGCCCCCGCCAUGACGGAGGCGGGUGCUGGUGCCGUUGCCGCCGCUGCCGUCUCAGGGGCAGAGUCGGGUUCCCAGAAAGUAGCUUGAUGAGUGUCCAAAGUAGCAGUGGAAGUUUGGAGGGGCCGCCAUCUUGGUCCCAGCUCUCCACGUCUCCAACCCCGGGCUCGGCGGCGGCGGCCAGGUCCCUGCUGAAUCACACGCCGCCAUCCGGGAGGCCCAGGGAAGGUGCAAUGGAUGAGCUUCAUAGUCUGGAUCCCAGAAGGCAAGAAUUAUUGGAAGCUAGAUUUACAGGCGUUGCAACUGGCAGCACUGGGAGCACUGGUAGUUGCAGCGUUGGAGCGAAAGCCUCAACAAAUAAUGAAAGCUCUAAUCACAGUUUUGGAAGCUUAGGAUCUUUAAGUGACAAGGAGUCAGAGACACCAGAGAAGAAACAAUCGGAGUCAUCCAGAGGAAGAAAGAGAAAAGCAGAAAACCAGAAUGAAAGUAGUCAGGGGAAAAGUAUUGGGGGACGUGGCCACAAAAUUAGCGACUACUUUGAAUACCAGGGUGGUAAUGGCUCAAGUCCAGUAAGAGGCAUACCUCCUGCAAUCCGUUCUCCUCAAAAUUCACAUUCACAUUCCACUCCUUCUUUGUCUGUUCGACCGAAUAGCCCUUCUCCUACUGCAUUAGCUUUUGGGGACCACCCUGUUGUACAACCAAAGCAGUUAUCUUUAAAAAUUACUCAGACUGAUCUCACAAUGCUGAAAUUAGCAGCAUUAGAAAGUAAUAAAAACCAGGACCUGGAAAAGAAAGAAGGUCGGAUAGAUGAUUUGCUCAGGGCUAACUGUGAUCUCAGACGGCAAAUAGAUGAACAACAAAAAUUACUUGAAAAAUAUAAGGAGCGUUUAAAUAAAUGCAUAUCAAUGAGCAAGAAACUUCUUAUUGAAAAAAGUACUCAAGAAAAAUUGUCAAGCAGAGAGAAGAGUAUGCAAGACCGAUUACGCCUAGGGCACUUUACAACAGUUAGACAUGGUGCUUCAUUUACUGAACAAUGGACGGAUGGUUUUGCAUUUCAGAAUCUUGUGAAGCAGCAAGAAUGGGUGAAUCAGCAAAGGGAAGAUAUUGAAAGGCAAAGGAAACUUCUAGCCAAGCGCAAACCUCCCACAGCUAAUAAUUCUCAGGCACCCUCUGCAAAUUCUGAACCAAAACAAAGAAAAAACAAGACAGUCAAUGGAGCAGAAAAUGAUCCCUUUGUUAGACCAAAUUUACCACAACUGUUGACUUUGGCAGAGUAUCAUGAACAGGAAGAAAUUUUCAAACUUCGACUUGGACAUCUUAAAAAGGAAGAGGCAGAAAUCCAGGCAGAACUUGAACGUUUGGAAAGAGUCCGAAAUCUUCACAUUCGAGAACUUAAGAGGAUAAAUAAUGAAGAUAAUUCACAGUUCAAAGAUCACCCAACGUUAAAUGAAAGAUACCUGUUACUUCAUCUGCUUGGUAGAGGUGGCUUUAGUGAAGUAUAUAAGGCUUUUGACCUUUAUGAACAAAGAUACGCUGCUGUGAAAAUCCAUCAGCUUAAUAAAAGCUGGAGAGAUGAGAAGAAAGAAAACUACUACAAACAUGCCUGCAGAGAGUAUAGAAUACACAAAGAACUGGACCAUCCCAGAAUAGUUAAACUCUAUGAUUACUUCUCUUUGGAUACAGAUACAUUCUGUACAGUGUUAGAAUACUGUGAAGGCAAUGACUUGGAUUUCUAUCUGAAACAACAUAAACUAAUGUCGGAGAAAGAAGCUAGGUCUAUUGUAAUGCAGAUUGUAAAUGCACUAAGAUAUCUCAAUGAGAUCAAACCUCCUAUUAUACAUUAUGAUCUUAAACCAGGAAACAUCCUUCUAGUAGAUGGAACAGCAUGUGGUGAAAUCAAAAUCACUGAUUUUGGUCUGUCCAAGAUUAUGGAUGAUGAUAGUUACGGUGUAGAUGGAAUGGACCUAACUUCCCAAGGAGCAGGCACUUACUGGUAUUUACCUCCUGAGUGUUUUGUAGUUGGAAAAGAGCCACCAAAGAUUUCCAACAAGGUUGAUGUGUGGUCAGUUGGGGUCAUCUUUUUUCAGUGUCUCUAUGGUAGAAAGCCAUUUGGUCACAAUCAAUCUCAACAAGACAUCCUUCAAGAAAACACAAUAUUAAAAGCCACAGAAGUCCAGUUUCCUGUAAAACCGGUUGCAAGCAGUGAAGCUAAGGCUUUUAUAAGACGCUGCUUGGCAUACCGGAAGGAAGAUCGAUUUGAUGUGCACCAGUUGGCAAAUGAUCCAUACCUUCUCCCUCACAUGAGAAGAUCCAAUUCUUCAGGAAAUUUACACAUGGCUGGGCUGACAGCAUCUCCUACACCCCCUUCUUCAAACAUAGUUUCUUACUGACUUUGCUCAAGAUUGGCAUGAUAACUUUGAAUUGUUUCCAGACGCACAGUUGAGUUUGAAAGCAUUUGAGUGGGGUGUUUUUGUUUGAUUUUUCUUUUUUUACACAGAACAUGGUUGAGAACUGUUAGUAAAGUUCUUCAGAGCAUCAUUUGUGUGAGAGUAGAUCAUGGACAGUGAAUAAAUGUACACUUCUGACUCCACCCUGAGCAGUGAAAGAUGAGUGCGCGUUGCACACAAACAGAAGUACUGGGUUGAGAGAGA